AUGACCCAACAUGUCCGAUCAGAUUGUGGGAUGGUCGAGUGCAAGAAACCGACCGAGAUGUUUGAGGACAAUGCAGCAUGCAUUGAUCAGCUCAAAGAUGGCUACAUCAAAGGAGACAGAAUAAAGCAUAUUUUGCCCAAGUCCUUCUUCACUCACGAUUUGCAAAAGGCUGGAGAGGUCCAAGUGGUCCAAGUACGUUCCAGCGAUAACUCAGCCGACCUGUUCACCAAGUCACUUCCGACUUCUACAUUCAGGAGGCUCACGCAUCAGAUUAGGGUGCGUAGACUGGAUGAUCUUCAGUGA